UUUGAUACGCAAGGAGAAGCGAAGUAAUCUGGAGUCCACAGGCUAGAGGCGUUUGCAUUGCAUUGCAUUGCUUGUUUGUGUGCAGCGUUACCCCUGUUUUCAGGCAUUACCAUUAUUUUUCUCAAGACAUUUUUACUUUACUAAAAAGGAGCUCACUUCACGUGGAGACAUGCAUCCAGCAACUGCCAAAUGGUACGACAGGAGGGACUUCGUUUUUAUAGAGUUUUGUGUAGCCGACAGCAAAGAUGUUAAAGUCAGUUUUGAUAAGACCAAGUGUGGUUUCAGUUGUCUUGGCGGAACUGAUAAUGUCAAACAUGAGAAUGAAAUAGACCUUUUUGAAGCCAUUGAUGAAAAUGAAUCCAAACAUAAACGCACAGAUCGCUCAGUGUUGUGCUAUUUACGAAAAGCACAACCAGGGAAAGCAUGGCCAAGGCUAACGAAAGAGAAGGCUAAGCUGAGUUGGCUCAGUGUUGACUUCAACAACUGGAAAGACUGGGAGGAUGACUCAGAAGAUGAGAUGGGCAACUUCGAUCAAUUCUCAGAUAUGAUGAACAACAUGGGAGGUGACGAUGACCUCCCUGAUCUAGACGGUGCAGAUGAUGAUGAUUCUGCAGAUAGCGAUGACGAGAAAAUGCCAGAUUUGGAGUAGAAGAAUUUAAGACUCUGGGGAGGAAAUGGAGGAACUUAAGGCAAAAGGAAUCAUAACAAAUGUAUAUCUUGAAAAUCGAAGGCAGUGACAAACCAACUGUACAUAUGAGUCAGUAGCCAUAUUUAAAUCCAUAGCCUCAGCUCCAAACUGAUCAGUCCACUGAAGGUUGAUAUGCAUGGUAUUGUACAGAGCAGCUAUCUCCACUUCCAUUUGCUGUACUGCACCUUUUUGGGUAUCUUGUUUUACUGUUAAAUAUUACAAGAAAGCACACAUUAUUUGUUGGAAAACGCUGUAUAGUAGUCCUCAAAUGAGCAAUACGUGUUAAGAGAAAAUUUGUUUUCUGAUGAAUUGUGGUUCAGAAUAAUUAGGCCCACCCUGUUCCUGAAACUGUAUUGAGUAAGGUGACCAGUGUAGUUUUAUUUUAUGAUUGAUGAAGACACUAUAUAUGUACAUCAGAAGAAUUAGAUGCAUUUACUGAUUGGAUUCCUCUAAAGCCUUCCAUGUGCCGUGAAUUAGAUAUCCAGGAAGCUGGUCUUUGUUUCUUGUGGCUUAACCUUCCAGCUUACGUGUCUCCCUCCACUUUUUUGUUCAACAUUUAUCAAUUGGAAUAUUCUGAAAUUACUAUAGAGAGUGUUGCAUUUUCUGGGUCACGAGCCUUAUUUGUAAUCUGUGUAAAUUCAGCACAUUACAUAUUUCAAAAGUUCCUCUCUGUACCCACCUAACAUGCACACAUUCAUGUUAGGCUGCAGAAGUAAGGUGAAACGUCCCGCAUCUGAUAAUGAGGCUUGAAGCUUGGGUGGACCUCAGCACCAUGUGGUUUGUUGCUAUUCUCCAGGUUCUUUCCUUUUUGUUCAUUCACCUAGAAUGAUCCUCCCUGGUAAGGGAGUGUUGGGACAUUAGGCGACGUGUGAUGACCAAAUUAUAUUUGCACUGUCAAUAAAUGUAAGGGGAGACAAAUGGUGAUGAUUAACAGUGAAAAUUCUUUUUUUAUUGUCUACAUCUUUCUAAUAAACUGUUCAAGAAUCA